AUAGUAACAACUCUGGAAACUCGCCGGUAGUGGGACAACAUAUUUGAUCAGCUCGUGGAAGUUUCUGUAUGACGUGACAGUCUGGUGAUUUGAGUGUAUUUUAACACAGAAUGCAAAAAAGAAUGGUGCUGAUGAGAUUAGGAUUAAAGGCGGUGUCCUGGCGACAACUGCAUCAACCGAAGAGAACGCUGUAUUACGGGAGGGCCAUAUCACUUCUAGGUGUAGGCUUGGCUGGUGUGUGUCAGUCACCGUCUGUCUCGGCCAAGGUUUGUUCCAGGAAUGUGAGGACAUUCUCAGUAUUUCAUCAGUCAUGUUCAAGAACCCAGCAGUACUCAUCACAAGUGACAGAUGAGGGAUUCUUAUCCACUCCUCUGUAUUUGCGGUCUGUAAAUCACUUGAACAACUUGGCAAUCAUUGAUCACCAUGGUAGUUUUACAUACCGGGACCUACUGUAUCUCGGAGAUAAGAUGGGGCAACGCCUAUCAGAAAGUUGUCAAAUAGCUCCUUCCUGCACGCUGGAGAGCCGUCGGGUGGCAAUACUCUGUGAGAAUGAUAUGUCUUUUGUGACAGCCUUGUGGGGGGUAUGGAUGGUUGGAGGAGUGGCUGUGCCUCUGGCCAAGACACAUCCUCCCUCGGAACUUGAGUACCGGGUAAAGGAUGCCAAGUGUUCUGCUAUAGUGACAUGUAAUGCGUUUAAGGACAAGGUGGAAGAUAUCGCCACUAACCAUAACAUUCCAUGUCUGCAGCUGGCAGCAGCAGACUACACAGACAAAUGUCGGACAGGGUUCGACUUUUGGAAAGUCCAGGAGGCCCGGUUCGGAACAACCAAAGAUCAGCUUAUAAAUAUGAUAGAGAAAAGGUUUUAUGAUAAUAUACCAGCUGUCAUUAUCUACACAAGUGGCACCACUGGUAACCCAAAGGGUGUCGUGCUAACCCACCGGAACGUCACAGCCAACAUGGAGGGUAUGGUGUCAUCAUGGCGAUGGACCCCCAAAGACAGAAUCCUCCAUGUCCUGCCACUGUACCAUGUUCACGGCCUGGUGAACGCACUCAUGACUCCACUGUACUGUGGUGCCACGUGUGUCAUGCUGCCCAAGUUUGAUGCACACCAGGUGUUGAUGAAGCUGACAGGUAAAGAAAACAUUACAGUGUUGAUGGCAGUACCCACUAUCUACGCCAAGUUAAUAGAAUACCUGAAGACCUUGGACCAGAAGUCGGACAUGUCUGCUAGUGAUGAACAUAUUAAGGCAAAAGACAGUGACAUGAGGUGGAACAUGAGGCUUAUGGUGAGUGGCUCAGACGCACUGCCCACAACUGUCUUAGAGCAAUGGGAGGCUAGGACUGGUCACUUCCUGUUGGAGCGGUAUGGGAUGUCGGAGACUGGAAUGAUCCUCACUAACAACAUUGAAACAGUACAUUCCACUGAUUGGGCAGAGAAAAAGAGAAUAAUUGGUACUGUAGGAAACCCAAUGCCUUAUGUCAAAGUGAGAAUAGUGAAGUUCAACGAGGACAAUCCUGACAAGUAUGACAUACUUUGUGAAGGGACACCAGAGGGCACUACUGUCUACACAGAUGAGGCUGUCACUGGAGAGCUACUUGUGAAGGGCCCCAACGUGUUUGGUAGCUACUGGAACCUGCCUGAGGCCACAGAGCAAUCCUUUACAAAGGACGGCUGGUUUAUCACAGGUGACAACGUUCACUACAACGGGGAGCUAUACAAGAUCCAGGGGAGGGUCAGUGUUGAUAUCAUCAAGGUUGGAGGCUUCAAAAUCAGCGCCCUUGAUGUAGAACAGGUACUUAGGACACACGCACAUAUCUGUGAUGUCGCGGUUAUUGGGAAGCUUGACUCGGUGUAUGGUCAGCAGGUUGUGGCGGUCAUCUGUCUGCGUGAGAACAGGACCCUGACAUUGGGAGAAGUACAGGACUUCUGUUCUGACAAACUGUCUAGGUAUGAAAUCCCCACUGUACUGGAGGUGAUGGCAGAGUUACCCAGGAACCAUAUGGGCAAGUGUAAUAAAAAACUGCUGUUAAAGGCUCUGUACCCAGACAACAGUUAGCUGUCAUCACCUGAUGCUGUGGUAAACCAACUAGCUUGGCAACAUUUACUUCGUUAUAUGGUUCAUAUGCACAAAUCUACAUCGUUCAAAUGUUUACUCUGGAUUUUGUUGACAAAGAAUAAUAAUGUAACAAAAUUUGUGAUUGGAUCAUAACAUUUGAUUACACUUUAUGACGUAAUACCUUCAAUCCUCUGCUAUUUUCCUGGAUAAUAAUUUGCAUUUAUGUAAAUGAUGGUGUUGGUAUUUUCUUCUUCAUUUUUUAUAUAAUUGUUAUGGUCUGUGAUUAGGUGAGAUAAUUUUUGCAUGUCCAACUUCUUAGGAAAAAGAUAAGAUAUAAGUUAUAACUGUAACUGUAGGCAGUCAUUGAAUAUUUUUGAUAUAACUAACUCCAUGAUGUCUGCCUUUACCUGUUUGAUAAGGGUACUUAUGAUUUCAUGAAUGACUAUAUAAAUGGCUAUCAUUGUAAAUGAACCUCUAAAUAUAUGUCUAUUUUCAUAAUCAGGUUGGUUGAUUAGUGUACCUCUCAUACUAGAAAAAAAUGUAUUAAGUAAUUUCCUGUUUGUCAGCAUCAGCAUUGGUAAGUGUUUUCAUACAAGUGUUAAAUUUAUAUAUAUAUACUGUUACCUUCAGUAUUUGUACUAGUAUAGAAGAAUUAAGUUCUUUACAUCAAUAGUUACAUGUAUUCCCUGAUAACUUAGGUAAAAAGUUGACUUCACUCGUAUUUGUGAAGGAGUCCUAAAAAUAUUAGUACCUAUAUCCGCUUUAAUUUGAACCCCACCCCCCUGGUCCCCUGUGCAGAGGUGGGGUCAAGAUUCGAAACGGUGGGUGGUUAUUGUGUCCGACCGUCUACGAUCACAACCCCUCUACCUCCGAGACAUGGGUUCAAGGCCUAUAUGGGGCAGUUGCAAAGUAUUGGCCACAGAUUGAUCAUUUUUCUCCAGGUUCUCCGUUUUUUCUCCACUACCAAAACCUGGUUUGUCUUUUAUAUGUAAAUGACCAUGGCUGUUAAUGGGACAUGCGUAACAGUAUAAGAGGAAGGGGGCACACUCUUCAUUUUAUAACUUUAAACUUAUUAUGUUUAGAAAUAUUUCAUGCCAAAUUAAUUAAAUCCGUUUGAUCGUGUUUAAGGGGUUGUUUAUCAGAAAUAUAUAUGUAUAUCUUUCUAUAGGUGUCAACCUCUGAAACCUCCAAUGAGAGAAAAUCUCCCUAAUUCCACGUUUCCAAUGACUGAGAAAAGGGUAGGAAAUCCCACUGAAGCUGCUUCGCUCAAUUCGUCUUUCCCUUUUUAUGUAUCAAAAUAAAUUAAAGAAGCAGUAAUUACAUUUGUAGGAUAUCAUUUGACCAAUGAUGUAGAUUUUCAGGUUGUGUGAUUUGGACUUGAAUGAGGGAGUUUCGAGGGAGAUUGGUAUUUUUGGUCAAAAUGAGAGAGUCUUCCUCCUAAUGAGGGAGGUUGACAGCUUAUGUUUUUCCCUUUUUAGCAUGUCCUCUCUGCUUCCUUUCAGUUAUACAACUUGAAAUCCCAAUGGCCCAGGGAUAAUCCAUGACAAAUUAGGUCAAACAUGACUUUAAUCACAUUUAUUGAGUGGUCAUGAGAAGAUUUCCACCUUUUUCGCAUGAAAUGAUCUAUGCUAGAUACUGUUAAAAUACCUUCUGCCCUUCUGGACUAGAAGUCUUUAAGUGAAAAAUGUAUCGAGGGAUGCUGAGACAUGGCAUAAGCUCGCUUUUCCCUUUGAGCCACAUGAGAUAUAAAAAUAUAACAUGCCAAAGAUAUUUUUGUAAACUUGACACAACUUUAAUCCAUUUUUAAUACAUAUUAAUGAAUAAAUAUUUGUGAUGAGAUAUUUUAGAUCAUGAAUAACAUAAACCGCUUAAUUGUUGAACAGCAUUUUUUAUUGUGGAUUCUUAUGUAUUGCCUUUUACAUGCAUUUAUAUUCCAGAUAGUGCCAAUCACGAUGUACAAUCAUGAUUUACUUUGCAUCAAUAUUGGUGCAAAGUUCAUUUGUAAUAGCCUUAAUAAAAUUAGUUUUCCAUGGGUGAUAAUGUGUUAAUGAAUGGAUAUAUUACUAUAGUUAUUGAAAUUGGAUUGCAGAUGUUACUUUCGAUAAGAAUUAUUUAAUACACAAUUAAACCAUUUAUAAGAGUAAUAGUUCGUUUCUGUGUCAAGUUUUGUAUAUUGGUGAUUUAAUUUUUUCACAUCUGAUGACUUCUGACUGUAUAACUGAUGGAUUAUUAUGAACCUGAAGUAAUCAAAUUGAUGGUAUUUAUGUGAUGAUUUUCAUGACAGUUACACAGCAAUGUAUAACAUGUAUAGAAGAGAUGAAGGUGCUGAUUCUCCAUGUGAUAUCAUGACAGUUACACGGCCAUGUAUGAUGUGUAUAGGAGAGAUGAAGGUGCUGAUUCUCCAUAUGAUAUGAUGACAGUUACAGGGCCAUGUAUGACGUGUAUAGGAGAGAUGAAGGUGCUGAUUCUCCAUAUGAUAUGAUGACAGUUACAGGGCCAUGUAUGACGUGUAUAGAAGAGAUGAAGGUGCUGAUUCUCCAUGUGAUAUUCAUGACAGUUACAGGUCCAUGUAUGACGUGUAUAGAAGAGAUGAAGGUGCUGAUUCUCCAUGUGAUAUUCAUGACAGUUACACGGCCAUGUAUGACAUGUAUAGGAGAGAUGAAGGUGCUAAUUCUCCAUGUGAUAUCAUGACAGUUACAGGUCCAUGUAUGACGUGUAUAGGAGAGAUGAAGGUGCUGAUUCUCCAUGUGAUAUUAUGACAGUUACACGGCCAUCCAUGACGUGUAUAGGAGAGAUGAAGGUGCUGAUUCUCCAUGUGAUAUCAUGACAGUCACACGGCCAUGUAUGACGUUUAUAGGAGAGACGAAGGUGCUGAUUCUCCAUGUGAUAUCAUGAAAGUUACAGGGCCAUGUAUGACGUGUAUAGGAGCGAUGAAGGUGCUGAUUCUCCAUGUGAUAUGAUGACAGUUACAGGGCCAUGUAUGACGUGUAUAGGAGCGAUGAAGGUGCUGAUUCUCCAUGUGAUAUCAUGAAAGUUACAGGGCCAUGUAUGACGUGUAUAGGAGU